AUGGUCCAUCUUCCGAGGACGACCCCAAUCAUCGUCGGCGUCGGCGAAGUGAAGAACAAAUCACUUCACCUCAACGACGCCAUCGAGCCGGCAGAGUUAAUGGCUUCCGCAAUACGAAAGUCCUUCAAAGACACAGGAGCCAACGAGAACGAUGUCCGUUCAGCAAUUGAUGGCUUGCUGGUCGUACCACCAUGGACGUGGCCAUAUGUUGAUUUGCCGGGCGUGAUCUCUACGAAGGUUGGCUUCUCGCCAUCGCACUCACAGGUGGGCGUGCAUGGAGGACAUCAGCCCAACGAGUGGUGUGAUGAGGCCGCAAGGCGGGUUUCCACAGGGGAGAGCAAGGCGGUGAUCAUCACGGGGGGUGAAGCUCUUGCAUCACUGGCAGCAUGUGAGAAGGCUGGCAAGAUCCCUCCGCCAGGGUGGACUGAACCAGAUCCCGAGAAGAAAACUGUACGCGUAGGUGAUCUUUCAGCUCGUGAACGAAACAUCGGGACAAAGCACUCCAUUGGGUUGCCCAUUCAUAUCUACCCAAUGUACGAGAACAGCCUGAGAGCAUAUACACGCCAGUCAUUUGGAAAGAACACUCUUGAGUCUGCACAACUAUACGAGGCCUUCGAUAAAGUCAGUAGUCAGAAAGAGUACAGCUGGAGGAGCGGAGAGGUUCCGAGAGACUCAAACGAAAUCGGGACGGUGACCGAGAAGAAUAGGAUGAUUUGCGCUCCUUAUCCUCUUUUGAUGAAUGCUUUCAACACCGUGAAUCUUGCAGCCGCAUGCCUCAUCACUUCUGUCGAUCAGGCUGAGAAAUUAGGCAUUCCCGAAGAGAAGUGGGUUUAUAUCUUGGGAGGUGCGGGUACUCACGAGAGGAAGCACUUUUGGGAGCGGUCGAAUUUCCACUCCAGUCCCGCCAUGGAGCAAGCUCUCGAUGCUACUCUGGAGGUGUCUGGCGUAAGCAAAGACGAGAUAGAUGCCUUCGAUAUCUACUCAUGCUUUCCCAUUGUUCCCAAGCUGGCCUGUAGGCACCUGGGGCUCAACGUUGUUUCUCCAUGUAAGCCAAUAACACUUCUCGGAGGCCUCACUUCGUUUGGCGGAGCAGGGAAUAACUACUCAAUGCAUGCUUUGGCGGAAAUGACCCGACAGAUAAGGAGUGGCACAUUCCAGAGAGGACUUGCCCUAGCAAACGGCGGCGUCCUUUCUCAUCAAUACGCCUUGUGUCUUUCUUCUCAGCCCAGGAAAGGCAAGGAAGUGUAUCCCAGGAAGAAUCCUCUACCGGACAUUGCGAUUGGGGAAGCUUGGGGAACCCCAUUUAAGGAGGUUGCGCAGGGCGCCGCACUUAUCGAGACUUACACUGUUGAGUACAACCGCGACGGCCAGCCAAGCAUAGGACUCAUCGUCGGCAGGCUGAAGAAUGGCGGGCACCGCUUUCUUGCCAAUCACGGGGACGACUACACGCUUCAAAAGCUGGCAGACCCUACUCGGGAGCCUAUCUACCAGCAAGGCAGAGUAAGCGGCAGUGAUGACGGGAGAAACUUAUUCUUCUUCUCGGCCGAGCCUAAGAUUUAA